AUGGUUGUCCUCAUUUGUGACUUCGACGAAACUAUCACCUCCCAAGACACUAUCGGCCUACUUGCCAAGUUGCCCUACGUAGACCCACCGUUCCCGCCUCCUUGGUCUCACUUCACAGCCACUUAUGCGGACGGCUACAGUCUCUACGAACGCGCACCCCGCUCGCUGCCACUGCUGGAUCCCCACACCCCCCUUACCGCCGCGAACUAUCGCCAGCUUCUCCAAGCAGAGAUUCGCUACCAAGACAGUUUACGACCAAUAGAAUUGCAUAGUGUCCAUGAGCUGGAGCGUCUGCAUGCAUUUGCCGGCAUCCCCACCGAGCAAGUUGCCACUUAUGCGCACAGCCUUUGCCAAAUUGUAAGACAAGACUUUCUACCCUUAUGGCGUCGUGCGUCGCAGCUCCACAUUCUAUCUGUUAAUUGGUCGCAUGAGUUUAUAAAGGAUAUCAUCUACUCGGCAGCACGUCACUCUUUGGACGAUCCGGAGAAUCUACCAGUGCCGAUCAUUAAGUGCAAUAAUUUGCUGGUUCGUAAUGGUUCCUAUACAGGCCUAUUCGAUAAAAGUAUACUAACGGGCGCCGAUAAGCUCGCCAGCCUCGAGAAAACGCUGCACAGUAUCCCCUCCGACGAGCCAGUGUGGUACAUUGGCGACAGUGAAACAGAUUUAUUAUCUAUUCUGCACCCAAAGGUUAACGGCGUCUUGCUCCUCGAUCCUUCUCAAAACUACGACAAAUUCAACAAAAUCGCCGCAACAAUUCUAGGAUUAGACCUUGCUUCCACUCAGAAAUUCGCUUGCGAUCCUUAUCAACAAUCUUGGUCCAUACCCUGCAAGGGAAAUGGCUCUCACUUUUAUUUAGUAAAAUCAUGGACGGCGUUAUCGAGGAUAAUUCGUUAA